AUGCCGUCACGACAACCAUAUGAUGCUUCGACACCGGAUAGGACGCACUUCGGUUCUGAUAUCCCCCUUGCUCGUCUGGACGCUGUGCUGUCAGACCAAUCUCUGGGGCCUUCACUGCACAGGUGGAAAUCCUUUUCUUCUCGAUGUGUAGAAACAUUUCGAAACAACACAGGCCUGCUCUUGAUUGCAGCGUCUCAGGCGUUCGGGGCGACCAUGAGCCUGUUCGUGAAGAAGCUGAAUAGCCUGGACCCACCAGUGCCGACACUCGAGGUCCGUGGCGUCAAGGUGUACUGCUGGUACACGAAGGCAAUCACUUGGGCGUGCUGUGUGACAUACAUGGUCCUAUCGAAAGUCCCUGACCCGAUCCUGGGCCCGAAGGAAGUCCGUCUGCUUUUGGCUUUCAGAGGUGUCUGCGGGUUCAUGGGCCUCUUCGGGUCAUACCAUUCUCUGCAAUAUCUCUCACUUUCAGAUGCGACUGUCCUACAGUUUCUGGCACCCAUGUGCACCGCCGUCGUCGGUGCGCUGGUCCUGAAGGAGGAGUUCAAGCGCAGCCAAGCGGUAGCAAGUUACACAUCUAUCCGUGCAAUUGGCAAGCGCGCACACCCCCUGCACAGUGUGGUGGCAUUUUCGACGCACAUGCUGAUCGUAAGACCUCACCUCAUUGUGCCGACCAGACUUGACUGGAUCGGGAUGCUAUUUGCGAUUGGCUUGCUAGGAUUCGGUGGACAGGUGGUCUACUUCGUUGUCCAGUCGAUCACCGAACGGGAGACGGCAGGCCGGGGGACCAUGGGCACCUACAUUCAGAUAAUCUUCGCCACGUUCAACGACCUUGUGUUUUUCCACGCGCCACCAUCCGUGCUAUCCAUCAUUGGCACGGUUAUUAUCAUGUCAUCUGCCAUAUACGUUGCCGUCACAAAGGGUGUGGCGAAAGACAAGGUCGGCAUGCACAAGCGAAACCGAAGCAUGAUGCCUCCCGAGGAGGACCCAUCACUUGAAGAAGGAUUGCUCGCGAGUGACGAGCAAGAGCAAGAUCCUCCAGCUGCCGCAUCCACUAAUGGCGAUGUUUCUGUAUACCCAGAGGAAGGCGCUGUUGAUCACAAUGAGAAGUCAAACGAUGGCAACGAAAGUACCGCAAACAAUCUAGUCCACCUCCAGCUCUCCACGGAUUCCCAAACGGGGACGUUCACAGCUUGCAAGCGAACAGUGAAGAAGGCUCCCUCAAAGAAUACUGGCUACCACGGAUUUCAUGAUAUGUUACUUGAUCACGGGGAUUAUUGUAUUGGCUGGCUCUACGUCGUCCCGUCGUUCGCGGCCGUUGCAUUCACUGAGGAAUCUACAGAUAGCAAGCCUGCAAGAGGCAAUGCGGGCUUGGCCUCGUUUAAGGAUAAGGUCAUUGUUUUUCUCUUGCGACGCUUUGGUGUUCGUCAAGACAACGUCUUCGACUUCAUCGCACCCUCCUUCCUUAUUUCCUUUGUACCCAUCGUCCUGAUCUUCCCAAUUGCAAGAUUGUGGGCCACGGCUGAUUGGGGCAUUCAAUACGUACAGCCUUACAUAAUGCUUGCAAAUGGCAACGCGCGAGCAGAAGACAGUGUUCUGCUUGAUUAUAUGCCUCUGAAACCCCUCUUAUGUGUAUGCGGGCUGGGCGGUACCCAAUCUCAAGGGUCCGUGGCAUUCACCCCAACUGUCGCCGACGAACAAUUCGGCGUGAGCCAAGUCGAUGCGACAUCCUGCGGAUUGAGCAACCAGACAGACACUGGCUUGCUCCCUGUGUUCUUCUGGUUCUAUAACGUGCGUUUGGGCGACCAGGGACAGUCGACGCCGGAAGCGAAAGCCGUGAUCUGUAGGCCUUCUAUCGCGCUGCGCAACGUUCGAGCCACGCUCAAUGUGAGCUCCAUGUCGAUCGAUACGAUCGUCGACCUGGGCGCAUUCUCUGCAACGAACAACGUAACGAGCGGCUCACUGGAAGGCAAGGCAUACAACGGUGUAAUUUUUAGCAACAUCAGUAGUGAAAUCCUCAAAGCUCGCGCGACGUCAAUUCAAAUUGGUCUACCUGGAUCCAUAUACCGAUCUGCCUCACAGACCACAGAGCUUUUGGAUAGCUUGUUCUCUUCGGAAGACGGGUUCCUGAAUCUGACUCAACAGAUCUAUACCCAAUUUCUCGCUGUCGCCGCAAAAUCGGUGUACCUCAUACAGAUACAGGAAGAGGAGCCUAUAACUGCAUACGCUACUGCACAGGUUCAGCGCCUUGUGAUAGACACACUCGCUGCACAUUUUCUCGCCAUGGGACUUCUCACCGUGGGCGUAGUCGGCGCAAUCAUACACUACCUCCAUCUACCGUAUCGACGUCGACUGCACCUCACCGCCCCUCCUGGGUCUAUUGCGACCUCUGUCGCACUGGCAUUCCACUCGGGUUUCGGUGACCGACUUAGACCAUACGAUGACGACAAGAGCAUGAUGCGCAAGCUAUCCAACUUCCGCUUCGUCACGGACACCAGGACGGGAGCGAUCAUUGCCGAAGAGCUGGACCACGACGAAGACUCUAUGGAGCUCGGUCCACUCGAUCAAGACAAAGACACUGUUGCGCUACUGCACGAUGAACGAAGCGAAGAACACUACGAUGAACACUAG